CUGGGCUCCGCGCCGCCCCGCCGGUGCCCGGUGCCCCGUGUGCGCGGCCGCAGCGCCACACGCCCCUGCCAGGACCGCCCGCCUGUCCCAUAAGCGCUUGCGCGGGGCCCCUCCCUCUCUCGCCCGGCCCGCGGUGGACGCGCCAUCGGCACCGCCACCAUGCCUGCCCUCAGGCCUCUCGUGAAGCCCAAGAUCGUCAAGAAGAGAACCAAGAAGUUCAUCCGGCACCAGUCUGACCGCUAUGUCAAGAUCAAGCGCAACUGGCGCAAACCCAGAGGCAUCGACAACAGAGUGCGCCGGCGCUUCAAGGGACAGAUCCUGAUGCCCAACAUCGGCUAUGGCAGCAAUAAGAAGACAAAACACAUGCUGCCCACAGGCUUCAGAAAGUUCCUGGUCCACAAUGUAAAAGAGCUGGAAGUGCUGAUGAUGAGCAACAAGUCGUACUGUGCAGAGAUUGCCCACAACGUGUCCUCGAAGAACAGGAAGGUGAUCGUGGAGAGAGCCGCACAGCUCGCCAUCAAGAUCACCAACCCCAACGCCAGACUGCGCAGCGAGGAGAACGAGUAGCAGCCUCUGCAGCACAGGUGUAUUUAAUAAAGCCUCAGUCCAACUCGG